UUGUGCGAUCUCAAUUAUAAAAUCAUAUACAAACAUAGAUGACUAAAUGCUCUUAAGAGUCAACUGUCUUCUUGAGUCUUCACUCUCAUUCAGACACUCUAGUCUAGUCGAUUGAAUCAACACAAACACAAGAAAGAAAGCAAGCAAACAAACCAUGUCAAACUCAAAGACACACAUUCUAGUAUUCCCAUACCCAGCACAAGGUCACAUACUCCCACUUCUUGAUCUCACUCACCAAUUAGCACUUCAAACAACCUUAACAAUAACCAUUAUCAUAACCCCAAAAAACCUCCCUAUACUAAACCCACUCUUAACAAACCACCCAAACACUAUCCAAACACUCAUAUUACCCUUCCCUUCACACCCCAAAAUACCCCUAGGUGUAGAAAACGUCCGUGAACUUGGCAACAAAGGUAACUACCCUUUCAUUAACGCUCUUUCCAAUCUCCAAAACCCAAUUAUCCAAUGGUUUAACACCCACCAUAACCCCCCUGUUGCUCUUAUCUCCGAUUUCUUUCUUGGAUGGACUCACCAACUCGCUACUCGACUCAAUAUUCCCAGAAUCGCUUUUUACUCAUCUCGCGCUUUUUUAACAACUGUCUUGAACCACUGCUGGAGAAAUCCGCUCCAUUUCCAAUCACAGGAGGUUGUUCAAUUCUCCGAUAUUCACGGAAAGCCUUCGUUUAAGCGUCAACACCUUCCAAGCGUGUUCCGUCGGUACAUUGAAUCGGACCCUGAAUCGGAGUUUGUGAAAGAUAGUUUCAUUUCCAAUGCUGAGAGUUGGGGUUUUGUCAUAAACACGUUUAGAGUGUUGGAAGGUCCAUAUUUGGAUUAUAUUGAAGCUCAAUCUGGUGGUGAUAAAAGGGUUUUUGCUGUUGGCCCGUUGGGUUAUAAUCCGGUCGGAUCUGACCCAGAUGAUAGGGCCGAAGUGUUACGGUGGCUUGAUCGGUGGGACGAGGAAGGGUCGGUGUUUUAUGUUUGUUUUGGUAGUCAGAAGCUACUGAAAAAGGAGCAGAUGGAGGCAUUGGCAUUCGGGUUAGAAAGAUCCGGGACCCGAUUUGUUUGGGUGGUGAAGGUUCCAUCGACGGAAGAGCAAAUAAAGGAGGGUUAUGGAUUGGUGCCAGACGGAUUUGAGGAUCGGGUUUUGGGGCGGGGGUUUGUGGUGAAAGGUUGGGCGCCACAGGGAGCGAUAUUGGGUCAUCGAGUUGUGGGCGGGUUCUUGAGUCAUUGUGGGUGGAAUUCGGUGUUGGAAGCUGUGGUGGCUGGAGUUGGGAUUCUUGGAUGGCCAAUGGAGGCUGAUCAGUUUGUGAAUGCAAGGCUGUUGGUGGAGGAUAUGGGAAUAGCGGUUAGGGUGUGUGAGGGAGAGGAUUCUGUGCCUGAUCCGGAUGAGUUGGGUCGGGUAAUAUCAGUGGUUAUGAGUGAGGAUAGUCCUCAAAAGAGAAGAGCUAAGUUGAUGAAAGAGGAAGCUGUUGGGGCUGUGAGUAAGGAUGGUGCUUCCUCUAAAGAGUUGGAUGAACUUGUCAAUGCUUUGCAGCAACUUGGUGUUAAAGAUGGAUCACAUUGAUAUUAAAUUCUCCAAUAUAGUCAGCAUCUCAAAUAAGUGUUCAUUCUUUUUCUUUUCUUUUUUCCGGUACAAAAUAAGUGUUCAUUUAAAAUUGAAACUAAGUGGCUUUGCUGAUGCCGCAUCGUAUUCUUCUGUCAAUAUUGAUGCUUUAGAUGAUAAUGUGGAAUCCUUUUAAUCAAGGUGUUUGUUAUUGUAAAAAGUGUUAUUAUUAGAGCCAAUUUUUCUAGCCUUCUGUUAGUUGUUGUUUCCUGA